ACGCCCUUUCUGUGAAAUCGAAACUUCCUCACACCACCCCCAUUCUCCAUUUUCUCUCCAACUCUCUUCUCUCCCCGAUCACCUGCCUCCAUGGACGUCCUCAAGUUCUUGUUCGGAAUCUUCGGUAAUGCCACCGCUCUCUUCCUCUUCUUGUCGCCGACGAUUACAUUCAAGAGGAUCAUACAGAAGAGAAACACAGAGCAGUUUUCAGGCAUUCCUUACGUCAUGACUCUCCUCAACUGCCUCCUCUCUGCUUGGUACGGGCUGCCGUUUGUGUCCCCGAACAACAUUCUGGUGUCCACCAUUAACGGCACCGGUGCAGUAAUCGAAGCCAUCUACGUGUUGAUCUUCAUCUUCUUUGCUCCCAAGAGAGAGAAGGCUAAGAUUAUGGGCCUCUUCAUUUUUGUGCUGGCUCUGUUCUCCGUCGUGGCCUUGGUUUCCGUCUUUGCCCUUCACGGCAGUGGCAGGAAGCUCUUGUGUGGCCUCGCCACCACCAUCUUCUCCAUCGUCAUGUACGGCUCGCCUCUCUCAAUCAUGAGGACUGUGAUAAAAACAAAGAGUGUGGAGUUUAUGCCAUUCUUCUUGUCACUGUUUGUGUUCUUGUGUGGCACUUCCUGGUUCGUCUAUGGGCUGCUGGGCCAUGACCCUUUUGUGGCUGUGCCAAAUGGGUUUGGGUGUGCUCUGGGGGCAUUGCAGCUCAUCUUGUACUCCAUCUACCAUGACAACAAGGGCGGCGACACCAAGAAGCAGCAGCCUAGUGCUGAAGACAAUGUGGAGCUUGGCCUCGAAAAGCCUCACCAAUCGAAGCAAGCAAAUGGCGUUAAUGGUGUUUAAGAUGGGGCAUGGCAUCAGAAAUUGCUGCAUUUGCCACUUGUUGGUGUAGCUAGUUAGGCUUGUUUUUAGUUCAUGUUUCUCGACCCAUGAUUUGAGUGAGUACUACUGGCAAUGUCAAUUUUAGAGUCUGAUGGGAUUGACCGUAUACAGACAAAUGUGAGAUUAUUGGUAUUGCUUUUCAAUUCAAUCAUGCUUAUGACUGCUUUUACGAGUAACAAAGACGAAUAUUACUUUUGCUGA